UGCUCAGUUUCUUCCUGUCAUUCUCUCUCAAUCUUUCACAGAGCUCUAAUUUCUGCACGGCACCUCCCCUCAUCCGUUCGCGCAUCGGCGGAGCGCACUCCGGUGGAUUUCCUCUUCUUUGCGUUACUUUUGCGAACCGGCUCUCGUUUCAAACUGAACUUAUUUUAUAGGUGAAGAACACCAUGGCCAUACCGGCUGCUCUGAUUCCGCCGUCUCUGGUCCAGCCGUGUCCGAUCUCAACUUGUUCAUCAUCUUCAUCAGCGUCAUCAUCAUCCUCCGCGAUCGCAGCAUCAUCAUCCUCGCCUUCGGCCACUUCAGCAUCUCCCUCUCAGACGGCGACCCAGAAUCUGUUCCGAUCGGAUCUGAUCAACGCCAGCGCCAGCAUCCCUCUGCCCGGAAAGCCCGUGUACUCUACCCCAUCCCCUGUUGAAAAUACCCCGCAGAAUAAUGAGUGCAGGAUGGUGGAGCUUAGGAGUGCCAAGGUGGCCUCUUUCACGGUAGACGGACACGAGCUCAUCUGCCUGCCCCAGGCGUUUGACCUGUUUCUCAAACACUUGGUCGGAGGACUGCACACCGUCUACACCAAACUCAAGCGGCUGGAGAUCACGCCGGUGGUGUGUAACGUGGAGCAGGUCCGCAUCCUGCGGGGACUGGGAGCCAUCCAGCCCGGGGUUAACCGCUGCAAACUCAUCUCCAGAAAGGACUUCGAGACCCUCUACAACGACUGCACUAAUGCCAGCUCAAGACCCGGGAGGCCUCCCAAACGGACCCAGAGUGUGACAUCGCUGGAGAACCCUCACAUCAUGCCGCACUCCGUGCCGGGCCUCAUGUCGCCAGGAAUCAUUCCCCCUACAGCAUUUCUUCUUGCUGUCUGUCAGAGCAGACCUGAUGAGACGGUUCUUGGGUUACAACUAAGCCUUACAGCCGCCGCUGCAGCAGCUGCAGCCGCCACCAACGCCGCCAUUGCAGAGGCCAUGAAGGUGAAGAAGAUCAAACUGGAGGUGAUGAGCAGCUACCACGGCAACAACACCCAGCACUGCCCUGACUCGGAAAACGGAGAUCUCAGCUCAAGUGUGGGCUUGGAACUGCCGUUUAUGAUGAUGCCCCACCCCCUGAUCCCUGUCAGCCUGCCUCCCGCAUCCGUCACCAUGGCGAUGAGUCAGAUGAACCACCUCAGCACCAUCGCCAAUAUGGCCGCCGCAGCACAGGGACAGAGUGCCCCAUCCAGAAUGGUGACAUCAGUGAUUAAGGAACGAGUGCCCGAUAGUCCCUCCCCUGCUCCCUCUCUGGAAGACGGCAGGAGGCCGGGGAGUCGUCCCUCAUCCCAGCGCAGCAGCAGCGUCUCCAGCUCUCCCGCGCACACAGAGAGCUCCUCCGACAGAAUGCUUGGAAGGCGGUGGGGGCCCACAUCAAUAUUUUAUCAGGGGGCCCAGAAUUCUCUAGCUACGGCCCUGACUAUGGCUGUGCACCAGAACGGACUGUCGAUGAAUCAGGCACUACUGGGCCUGUCUCCCAGCAUUUUACCCGGACCUAAGGAGGGCGACGUGGCAACUCACGACAUUGUCCUCGAGGCCAAAAGAAUGCAUCUGGAGAAAGAAGAAACCCCAAUGUGCACGCCGACGGCGAGAGACAGCUAUGAGAGGUUGUCGCUGGCGGGUCAGGCUUUACCUCCAGGGUUUCCGUCACCUUUCCUCUUUCCUGAUGGACUGUCAUCGAUAGAGACCCUCCUGACUAACAUUCAGGGUUUGCUGAAGGUGGCGAUUGAUAACGCUCGCGCUCAGGAGAAACAAGUGCAGCUGGAGAAGACGGAGCUGAAGAUGGAGCUGUUUAGAGAGCGAGAGCUCAGAGAGACCCUGGAGAAACAACUGGCUGUUGAGCAAAAGAACAGAGCAAUCAUUCAGAAGCGACUGAAGAAAGAGAAGAAAGCGAAGAGGAAAUUGCAAGAAGCGUUAGAGUACGAGUCAAAGCGACGAGAGCAAGCUGAGCAAUCUCUAAAACAAACGUCACCGACAGAAAAUCUCAGAUCACUCAACGACUCGUUGACCCAGGAGAUAGAGACUGACCGCAGCAGUGGCAGAACAGAUGCUGAGAGGACAAUACAAGCAGAUGGAAGACUUUUUCUGAAAACCACAGUGAUGUACUGAUGGCGUGCCGUCGAGGACCGGCAUCAUGUGUCAUAUGAAGAUUCUCCCGAUUUGCCUCGCAGGGUAAUUUAGUUACAGAAACAGGUCAAACGCUCAUAGAGGUCCAUCAGAGGUGUUUGCUUGGCCCUGGUGUGGAAGACGGAUUGUGACAGAAUGUAGUAUUAGGACUCUUAUUCUCACUGAUAUAAACGUUUCAUUUUGCCAGUUGGGGGAUUGGAUAUCAUGAGUUGGCUGUUUCAAGGUUGACAAUUUGAGCACAGUAAAACGUACCGCUCGGUACACUCGGUGAUAAUAUUUACAACAAAUUCACAGCACUGAAGAUUUUUUAUACUGUAUUUAAACCAGCGAGAAAGCUUCGGAAAAAUAAAUCUGAUUCAGAGGUUUUGUUUUGUAUUAAAAAGAGAAAAAAAAGCAUAAUUCCUUAAUGUCAUAAUUGUUUGCCAAGAUGUUAAAGAUCCAAACUCGGAGAGGUGCCUCUGACAAAUGUGAAUUUGAAUAUAUGUUGAUCAACAGAAGUGACUAAUAUUUGCUUUUAAUGUUUUCUAAAAUGGAAAAAAAAACAAUCAAGUUUCAUCAUUAUUUCUAUCAUUAUUGUAUAUACAAGAACAGAAGAUAGCUUAACUCACUCACUUUGGUAUUUGUAUAUAAUGUUAAAAGUUGGUAUCGUGUAUGCAGUAGAUCUAUUAGGAGCACAAUACCAACGUUUAUAUUGAAUUUAUAGAAUUGUUUUGUUUCUGAGCCAUCAUUCUUUCAAUUCGCUGCCACUAUGGUGAGGAAGCAUGCAGGCAUGUAAAUGUGUUGUCCUGAAUUCAUGUUAUUCAAUAAAUACUUAACUGUGCUGAAAAAUUACGUACUUAGGGUUUAUUCACUCACACCCAGAAAAUGCUGUUAAACACCACUAUCUAUAAACAGCUACACUUGCAGUGAUAUAAAUCUGAACCAUAUGGAUUGAUUUCAGCAUUUUCAUGAAAAAGUUGUAAAGAUCAUUGCGCUCAAUUCAGUGUGUUUCCCUCGGUGGUCAGCCCCUUAUAACUAAUAUUCAUUGUGUCACAGUAAAUAGAUAUUUAGUAUUCCAGUCAGUGGUUUCAAUACAGGGUAACAGAUUUCCAUCUUAAAGUCGCAGACAAAAUAAUAUUAGCCCAUUUUAAAGUUAAAGGACAAGAUGGAAAGAUGAUUUUAUGUCCAACAUAGCUAAGAUUUGAAAAAAUGCAUAUUUAAUUUAAAUUAUAUCAACAAACUGAAUCAUAACGAUCCUCAUUUUUUAAGAUGUUUUUAAAGAUUUCUUCCAAGUUGUAAAUUAAGUUGCAUUUUUAACAAUUGGCAACAAUGAUGGGAAAAUCCUUUUUCUUACAAUAAACUGCAGCCUAUAAAAAGGCAAAAAUAAAGUAAUUAUGGCUGUCCGAAUCUGUCAGAUUUAAACAAAGAGCGAAACAAUAUAGCUUCGCUUGUUUGAGUUUAAAAUGACACUGUGCCAAUUAAUGGUAGGCUGUUAUUGAAUACAUUGAAGCUUUUUUCAUUGUACAUCGCAGAUCAUCAUAAUGAUGAUGAUGGUGAUAAGACACUUAUUGGAUAAUCAAGAAAGAAGUUGUUUUGAAAGGAUCCUUUAUUAGAAAGACGUAUCAAAUGUUACGCGGCAGCUAUUUAUACUAUAAUCAUAGACAUUAUUUUGUCACACAUUUGUUUCCGUCUGUAACAAUUCAAAUGGUUAUUGUGUUAAACUAAAGUAUCUUUUACCUCAUCAACGAGGACUUGCCUUUUAGUUUUUUCUUUCAUGUGAAGUAAACACUGUAGCAAGAUUUAUGAACAUAUUGUUUCUUAUUUCUUUCUAUGGCAGUAAAGCAAACGUAUAAAUAUUGAAAUAACAAGGAUGUCUUGUUUUGAAGUGCUUUUCCCUCUUUUCUGAUCUUGUCUUCUGUAAUAAGAGCGUGUGUGUGUGCGUGAGCCUGUAGGUGCUUGUGUCUGCACACAUGCAUUUUAGCGUGUCUGUGGAGUGUUGCAUGAGCGUGUGUGUGUGUCUCUUUUCUAAUCUAUGGUGUCAAACAUGGUAAUAAAAUAUUUGUGAGUCAAUGAU